AGGGCCCUGACAGUUCUCUGAGAAAUGUUAAAGGAUAAGAGAGACCCAAAACAUGUCUGUCUCAGCAGAGCUCAGUGGUGUCUGCACCAUGGCCUGGUUUCCUCUCCUCUUCUUCCUCCUUCAUUGUACAGGGUCCUUCUCCCAACUUGUGCUGACUCAGUCACCCUCAGCCUCGGCCUCCUUGGGAGCCUCAGUCAAACUCACCUGCACCUUGAAUAGUGAGUACAGCCACUACGGCAUUGGAUGGUACCAGCAACAGCCAGAGAAGGCUCCUAAGUAUCUGAUGUGGCUUAAAAGUAAUGGAAACCAGGAAAAGGGAGAUGGGAUCCCUGAUCGCUUCUCUGGCUCCAGCUCUGGGGCUCAUCGUUACUUAAGCAUCUCUAACAUUCAGCCUGAAGACAAAGCUAUCUAUUUCUGUGGUGCAGAUUAUAACAUUGGAGGACAAUACGGGUGUGUGUUCGGCAGCGGAACCGAGCUCACUGUCCUAGGUCAGCCCAAAUCUGCUCCCAAAAUCACAGUGUUUCCACCUUCAUCUGAGGAGCUCCAGACAAACAAAGCCACAGUGGUGUGUCUGAUCAAUGACUUCUCCCCGCGUACUAUAACAGUGGCCUGGGAGGCAGAUGAUGUACCUAUCACCCAGGGUGUGCAGACUACAAAACCCUCCAAGGAAAGCACAAACUACAUGGCCAGCAGCUAUCUAAGUUUGACAGCGGACCAGUGGAAAUCUUACAAGAGCGUUUCCUGCCGAGUUACUCAUGAAGGGAGUCUUGUGGAGAAGAGUUUGUCUCCUGCACAAUGUAGCUAGGAGCCCAGACUUCUCUUGAGCCUGGGGAGCCUAGAGCUAGGGGACCCAGAAUGGGUUCUCUUCUCUAUACUGGGGAAUCCAGGCUUCUCUUUUACCCACUGAAUAUUCAAUAAAAGAUCAUUAGUUAAUCAGA